GAUGCCUUGACUUGGAACUGCGAAGGUAGCGCAAAGUCUCACAAAAUAUCUCGGCAAGGAAAGGCGCUCCGCCUGGACUUGAUCAGACUCGCUCGCUUAUAUUAAGUUGCCAUUAAGCAGCGUCUUAAUACACUUUGCAACUUGAACGGAAGCGCGCAAGCAGCAGACUCGGCCGUUCAUUUUAAUUUAUCUUUGGGUCAUUAUAGUUUUCCUGCUCGUUUUGAGGUUUGAUCUACGCCCUUGGUAAUAUACUUUGCAAGCGGCCAGAGAAUUAGACGCGAGCAAGCGAGCGUGCGUCAUGAGCACGCCAUGCGUCCCAGGGAGCGUUGCGCAUAGCUUCAGUGGCCACAGUACAGCUCGCGUGGUCGCAUUUCUUAAAGGGACCCACAACGCGCGGCGGAGCUUGGCGCCUUCGUCGGUAGGCACGGCAGCUCUGAAGUGCCCAACGCGGGCGCGCGCCACCCGUCGGCGUGGCCAGGUGGCAACGCCCGCUGUGGCUCCAGCUCGCACGGAUGCGGCUGUCGUAUCCGUGCAGCCAGGCACCGGCAGCGCGGUUGAUGGCAGCGGCAGCGGCGCUGCAGCCGCAGCGGCUGGGCGCCUGGAAGCUGCCCUGGCGGCGCUCUUGUCAGUGGGCGGCGCCGCCAGCACCCUGCAGGUCACCGAAGGGCCGUUCGGGCGCGGGCUGUUCGUCACCUCGCCCGCCGCCGCCGGCCAGCCGCUCUUCAGCAUGCCCGACGUCAACACGCUCAUCGUGCCCGACCCGGAGAAUGAUCCCUACAGCAGCAGCGAUGACGAGGACCCGGUUGUGGAUGCGGCGGCGGGCGCCGCGGCAGCGGGGCUGGCAGGGAGAGAUCAGGGACAGGGAGGGCCGGCGGUGGGGCUGGGGCUGGGGCCGGCGGCCGUGCAGGCGGAGGCGGCGGGGCUGAACUGGCGGGAGGAGCGCGACAGUGACCUGGAGGGGGGGCAGCGCAGUUACCUGGACCGCUGGCAGCGCCACCACGGGCUGCGGCUGCCGGCAUGGCUGCAGGGCUUUCUAGGCGAUGCCGACACGCUGCCGGCGCCCGCCCGCCUGGCGCUGUGGCUCAUGUGGCUGCGCCGCCAGGUCCAGGUCCCCGCCAACGGCGGCGGCGGCGCCGCCACGGCGGCGGCAGCUGUGCCGGGACUGGAGGAGCUGGAGGCGGAGGAGGGCCGCGGCGUGCCCUUCUGGCGCGCCUACGUGCGCUGCCUGCCGCCGCCGGAGCUGGUCACGUGCCUGGCGGUGUUCAGCGAGGCCGAGGCCGCCCUGCUGCAGGUGCCGGCCUACAAGCGGCAGUGGAGCCGCACGCGCGCCAACCUGUCCCGGCUGCUGGACAGCGUAAACGCCGCCGCAGCCGCCGAGGCCGCUGGCGGCACGGCUGCUACAGCCGCUGCUGGCGGCUAUAGCCACAGCGGCCACAGCUACAGCCUGGAUGAGCUGUGCUACUGCUACAGCAUGGCCAUCAGCCGCUGCUUCCACCUGCCGGGCCGCAUGCUGCUGGUGGCGCUGGCGGACAUGGCCAACCACCAGCCGCUGUGGCAGGCAAGCGCGUACCCCUGGUGGCACUGGCAGGAGCCAGCCGCUGCUGCCGCCGGGGCCGCGGCCUCGUUGACGGAGGCUGCGGAUGCGGGCUUCAGCACCCUGGGCUGCUUCCAGUUCCGAGCGGUGCGGCCGCUGGCAGCGGGCGACGAGGUGUGCAUCUGCUACUCGGAGGGCGCCAAUGACGAGCAGCUGUUCGACUACGGCUUCGUACGGCAGGCCAACCCGUACGACAGGCUGGAUCUCAGUGACGGCGCGGAGGGCCUGGAUCCAGAUGCUGACGCGGACGCGGGCGCCGUGCUGACCGGGCCCGCGGGCCAGCACCAGCUCUGCUGGCCGGCACUGGUGGCGGCGGCGGGGUUCUGGGCGCGCGCCGAGGAUCCCGCUUCCGAUAGCUCCGGCGGCGGCAGCCACGAUGCCAUUGACGCCGGUAGCGUGGACGGACCCCAUGCGGCCGGGCUGUCGGCGGCGGAGGAGCAGUCGCUGCUACUGCCGCGCAGCGUGGGCGGCGGCGACAACGGCAGUAGCAGCGGCCUCCGCGAGAUGAUCGCCAAUGUGGCGGCCAUUGUGAGCAGCGCCGCCACAGCCGCCGUGGAUGCCGACGCCGAGGCGGCGGAGCGGCUGCGGCAGCAGCGGCGGCGCUCUGCACUGCUGUCGCUGCCACACACGGCGUACGACACCGCGGCGCUGCGGCGGUGGGGCCUGGCGCGCGCGGCGUCGGCGGCGGAGGAGCUGCGGCGGGGCCUGGCGGCGCGGGUGGCGGCGCAGCUCGCGAGCCAGCAGAACCGCCAGCGGCGCGGGGCGGCGGCGGCGGCGCCCGCUAGCGGCGGUCUGCUGGAGGCGGCGGCGGCGGCGGAGCUGGCGGCAGUUGAUGCGCUGGCGGCACGUGUGGCGGGCCUGGCGGCGGGCCUGGGAUCCAGUCUGGCGGAUGACGAGGCCGUGUGGGAGGUGCUGACAGAGCCGGCGGGUGCGGCGCGUCAGGCGCGGGCAGCGGCAGUAGCAAGCGGCAGCGCCAUGGCAUCGGCGGCGGCAGCUGCACAGCUGUCCGCUGCUACUGCCGCGGACAGCGGCGCACGGGGCCGGCUGGGUGCUGCCUUUCAGAGCCUGUUUGGGGGCGGCAGCACCGGCAGCGGCAGUAGCAUCGCCAUUGUGCAGCAGGCGCCUGUGGCUGCUACAGCUCUCUCGGCGGCGGAGCUGCUGGCGGCGGCGGCGCAGCACGACAGCGCACGUGGUCGUACGGCGCUGCUGGCGCGGCUGGAGUACAAACGGCUGCUGGACGAGGCCGCAGACGUACUGCGGACGUACCGUCAGGUGGUGGCGGAGGCGGCGGCGCCGCGACGCUUGCCGGCCGCCGUCCGCUUUUGAAAUUCAUCCCCGAAUGAAGGGAGGUUUCUGGAUGAGGCUCGAACUGUCCCGCUGAUUAUGUUGUGCUUGUCAUGUUUGAAUGGAGCUGAACGCAAUCUUCUGUUGCUUUUUUGCCAGCGCGCACAGUUUUGUAAGUGUGAAGAUAACGUCUGGGUGGCUCAGUAGCCGGCCGUCAUUUAUUCCGGAAUUUUGUUCGCAGGCCCCCGUUUAGGAGUGAGCGUGCCUUGAGAUUAACGAGUGCGAGUGUAGGACGGUAGUCGAAUGCCUAUGUUGACAUGAGCGGGCCAUGCAUUCAUCCUCCUGAGUUGCACGUGCAAAGAACGGGCAGAUAGUGAGACGGAGCGUUAGUUGUUGGAUUGUGGAGUUCUUGGCCGUACUGAUGGCCGAAGCUGGAGUUCCUUGGGCCCUUCUCAGAUGCUCGGCGCUUCUGUGGUGGUUCCCCAGCCCAAUCAUUGCCGUUGACGACUUGUGCCGAGCGGUGGAUGACAGUCGCGUUGUGGCAAGUUGCUGUGCGUGUCGAACGCGGCCUGUCCUGGAUUGGCCGCUCUGGUGCACCUGGGGCGCUGCGGGAGGUGGUGGCACAUGGUGGCACCUUGGGUGGCGCAGCUUCUCGCCCCAUGCAGGGACUACCUGAGGAGGGGCGGCCCCCUGUAAAGAUGUAGCUGG